AUCGGAAUGCGCGGUAAAUUUCGACGUUAUAAGGUUAAGAAUAAUAAUAAUAAUAAUAAUGAUGAUGAUAAUAAUAAUAAUAAUAAUAAUAAUAAAAAAACGAAGAAUAAAAAAGAAAAAAGGCGAGAUCAAAUUCGUUCUUAGGUGUAGUAGACGUGAGACGAGGAGAAAUGUCAAUGUCAUACGUAUCAAAUUUUAUUGAACAGGGCAAUGCGUUUCCUGUAUAUCGUCGUUCCCUCCGCAAUAACGUAAACGUGUGCCCCAGGUUUUUCUGGUUGGGAUGCCUUGCGGGAGACUUUUUCCCAAAGGGGUAUAUAAAACCGUGUAACGAAGGUAGAUGAACAACACAAUACGUAGGUACUUUGGCGAGUACUGUUCACUUCGGCAGCGCUAAGGAACCAACAUAAUCCAAUUAUAAUAUCUCACUCUUUGAGUUUCAUCAUGAAAUUUCUCAUCGUAUUUACCGCCAUAUUGGCUAUUGCCAUUGGUCAUCCUGGAGUCAUAUUAAAUUCAGCCCCACUUGCCUAUGCAAGAUUAUUACCCGGUGCGCCAAUCGGAUUGGACGGACGAGUAGUUGAUACUCCUGAAGUAGCUCUGGCGAAAGCGGAACAUGCGGCAGCUCAUGUCAACGAAAGGAUCAAUCUUGCCAACGAAGCUGUUAAAUCUACUGAAGUUCUCGUACCCGCGACAUAUGGUGCACCUAUUGUCGCACCUCUUCUUAAUCCGGCAUUAUCAUUAACGGCAACUAAAUUAACCCCAGGUGCACCAAUUGGUGCCGAUGGACGUGUCGUUGAUACACCGGAAGUUGUCAUUGCCAAGGCCGAACAUGCUGCCGCACAAAUCAACGAAAGGCUGGGAUUGGCUCAGGAGGCUGUCAAAGCGACAUCCGCUGAUCUUCCGUUAGUCGUAUCCUCGCCUCUAUUAUACGCGAAAUAUGAACGAAGGAGGUGUAUAUGUGAUAGGAGCAGGAGGAGGAGCAGCAGCAGCAGCAGCAGCAGCAGCAGCAGCAGCGGCAGCGGCAGCAGCAGCAGCAGCAGCAACAACAACAACAGCAACAGUAGUAGUAGAAUUACAAGCGAGUACUGGUUAAACCAGCAGCGCUUUGAAGAAGAAGAAAAAAAAAGAAAGGAAGAAAGAACCCCGUUCCUCACAACCCCCACUCACCACUUACAACAGGUCGUCAUGCAAGUCUCGAUACUCUUACUGAUCGCUAUGAUCGCGAGUACCAGGGCCGGUUAUAUCGCUCCCGAUUCACCCUCAUUUUAUGGCGAGCCACAAUUAGAAACCCAAAGAUCUCCAACAAGAUUUCCACCACCCGCACCAGUUGGACAAGAUGGUAACGUUAUCGAUACACCCGAGGUAGCACAAGCUAAGGCUGCACACUUUGCCGAAUUUGCUAAAGCGGCUGCAAGAGCCGUCGAAGAGAGCAAGAAUCAAAAGGCAACCUUCGACGAUUCUUCAAAUCCUAGAGCAACCUUGUCGCAAUCAUACAAUAAUUAUCCUUCGAACGUUCAACAAACGUCUCCACCCUUAUACAGACAACAAAAUUAUCAAGCAGCUUAUCAACAAUCUCAACCAGCUUAUCAACAACCUCAGCCAGCUUAUCAACAACCUCAACCAGCUUAUCAACAACCUCAACCAACUUUCCAACAGCAACAACAACAACAACAACCCUUUCCUUAUCAAAACAAUCCUUUACCACCUUUACAAUCUCAAUACAAUCAUCCUGCUGUACAUCCCGUUAAUUCUCCUACUUAUCAACAAACGACGCAAUACGAAAAACAACCACGGCCAAAUUUCAUUAAUCAAAAGAGUAAUAACUUUGGUCCACCUGCAAAAGCUACUUUCAUUCCUGCUCCUCUUGCCGAGGACGGGACCGUUUUGGAUACGCCCGAGGUCGCUGCCCUCAAGGCAGCCAGACUCGCCGAACUCGCCGAUGCCGAGGCCAGGGCCUACAAGUACAGUGCCGCCGCUGCUAGGAAGUUUCCUGGACCUCAAGGUCAAGCUUAUCCCGAAACUCAGGCUGAUGGACCAUCUCCGAUAAAUUACAAUUCGGCAGGUUCGCAAUUUGGUCCCUCUUAUACAAGUGGAUCAUCGGCACAAUCCUUCGCGCCACAGCAAGGACCUUUUUCUAAAUCCUUCCAACCUGGCCAAGGAUAUCAAUCACAUAAUAAUUAUCAAUCGCCGCAGUACGUGUCAAUAGUACUGUCUGUGCUCCUCGUAAUGGCGAGCACCGAGGCUAAGUACAUAUUGGAACCCAUAUACGAAUAUCGUGGACCACCGGCACCCCUAUCGAAAGAUGGUAGGGUAUUAGAAACCGCGGAGGUUCUACGAGCACGUAACGCACACAUGGCGGCACACGCGGAAGCUUUGUCGAGAAUAAGAGAAAUUGAAAGAAACGAUUAUAACGAGAGGAUGGUGAGACCUACAAUGAUGUCACCUAUUAUGUCACCAAUGAUGUCACCAACGAUGACAAUGAAAACUAACACGAGAACGCGUUCGAUUGCUCCGCUAUCGCCCGAUGGCCGUGUUCUUGACACUCCUGAGGUGGCUAAGGCAAAAGCUGCACAUUUAGCUGCACAUGCACGAACAACCUCAAGACUGGCCGCAGCUGCGGCUUCCGCAGCAACGGCGCAAUACCGAUUGGACGUUUACGAUGGCCGUAGAAAUCUAGUAUACCUGGCACCUGUUCGAGUUAAUUAUCCAACUGUAUCCCCGGUAGGAUAUCGAGGACCACCUGCACCCAUUGGACCUGAUGGACGUGUCAUCGACACUCCGGAAGUUGCGAGAGCUCGUGCUGCUCACAUGAAAGCACGAGCCCACGCGCUUGCAAUGCUAUCUCGUCGCGAAAAUAAUUAUUAUUAAAUUACGAACGUGUAGAGAGCGUCCAAUAAUCUAUACUAAGUUAGUUAAAUUUAGAAUGUGUCAUCUCUAUCUCUAUUUCUAUCUAUAUCCGCCUAUAUCUGUCUGUCUAUCUUUCUCUCUCUCUCUCUCUCUCUCUCUCUCUCUCUCUCUCUCUCUCUCUCUCUCUCUCUCUCUAUCUCUCUCUCUCUAUCUCUCUCUUUUCUUUUUUGUUCUUUGUUAGAUUUAAGAUAACGAAGUAACGAUUGGAUCGAAAGUUCUUAGGCUUUGUGAUUUAACAAUCUAAAGAAAUAGAAUAAUUAACUGAAAA